AGGGGAUGGAAGGGAGUGAUUGGGACAGGCUGUGUCUGGGGAAGGGCAGAUAAGUCCUAUGGUGGGUCCCUGAAGCAAGGGGCUUGGUGCUUAGGGAGGUAGCUGAGCUGACUAGAAUUGGGAAGCUACCAGGAGGGGAGUGCCUGAAGCCUGAGGAAAAAGGAGUGAGUAAAGACUGUUUUCUGUUGCUUGGGUCAAGAGGAUAAAUCUUCUCCAAGGAGACAGGGCGCGGUGGAUGCUAUUCACAGACGCGAAGCCCAGGACCUUCAACUCUCUGGCUGAUUGGGAGUCUUUGAGAAGGACCACCAGGGAGUCCUAACAACUGGUGGACUUUGUCGCAGGCGGGGAGACCCUCUGGGAUGAUGGAUACCAGGAAAGCUGCAGGAUUCCUGCAUGGGUCCUGUUUUCUAGACCUUGCAUCAUUUUCGUGGCUCUCCCCGUGACUUUUUCCAAGUUUGUCCACAUUUUUCCCGAAGCGUGUGGCCCGGAACUGGACACAGCACUCCCACUGAGGCCUCAUCAGUGCUCAUCAGCAUGUGAUAGUCCCAUUGACUUCAGUGGUACUACUUGGGGUGCUUAAAGUUGAGCACAUGGCUGCGUGCGGUGGGUGGAUAAGGGAAGAGUGCUGAAUACAUUGCAGGACUGAGCCCAAUGCAAAUUAACAACUUUUCCACGCUAGGGAUCUGCUCCUAUUGAAACCCGAGGCAAAAUACACCCCUUGAUGUCAGUAUUGCAGCAUCAGGCUAUCAGUGCAGAAAGAAACAACUCUUAAAAAGGAUAUUUUGCAAAUGGAAGGGGAAGGAAAUUAUCCUCCCUUUGGAAUCUGUACCCUUUUAUAGUCCUGCUGGGGAAGCAACAGAAGAGGUGUCCAGUUUGUGGGAAAACUAGGUGCCUUCCUCUUGCAUGACUGCAAACAGUCUAGACGUAACCACUGGGGUUUUACUACUUGUGAUAGAAAAAUAUUUCCUCGUAAGUAGUACAGGUGAGAGAAUUGCAAGCCUAAGCUGAGUGGUUCUAGCAUCACAGCCACAAAUAGAAACCGUGCAGCCUGAUGAACCCUAGUGGUGUGUCUCAGCGCACCACACGCAAACACAUUGGUCAUGUGGGUUGGCCACACUUGGAGUGGCAAAGCCAAGAUGAGAACCAGGACUCCUGACUCCCAGUGCUCUGCUCUGACUGGGCUGGGAAAGAAAUCCAGAGUUGUGACUCAGGAGGAGACUUCGGAAGGAGGAAACCCUGAAUAUCUUCAAAGUGCCUUUCUGCAUUCAUCCAGGAGUGUUCAGCGCCAGAACCGUUAUCGUCAGUUUUCAGCUCUCUAGCUCCUGGAUCUCCUUCCUAAUGCCAUCUGCUUUAGGGGGGAGCGUCUGAGUGAAAGAGAUCGUCUGAAUUCCAAAAUUCAGAGGAGUGUGAAUGUACGACCUGUUGGAUGUGAGCUCCUUCUUCUAAAGCAGACUUGCAAUAUCCUAAUCUCUCGCUUGCCUGGGACACCCUUCAGCGUUCCUGUAAGUACAUCUCGCCCUGGGCUUGGAGGGCGCUCGUGAUUUGAGAUCUGAACCAUGUCCCACCCAUCAUGGCUGCCGCCAAAGAACACCAAUGAACCCGUCGGUCACGUCACUGCGAGAAUGGAGACCACGCACGCUUUUGGGACCCCCAGCAUCUCUGUGUCCAUGCAGCAGAUGCCAAAGAAGUUUGCACCCGUUGUUGCUCCAAAGCCAAAGUACAAUCCAUACAAACAGCCGGGGAGUGAUGAUUUCCCUCUGCCGCCGCCACCACCACCACUUCCUGGAGAUGAUCUCGGGAACCUCCCAGCGCCUCCUGGUGCCUUUCCCCCACCACCCUCUACAGAUGAGGCUGGUUUCAGUGUGCAGGUAAAUCCCGGUGAGAAGACGCUUGAAGAAAGACGAUCCAGUUUAGAUGCGGAAAUAGACUCCUUGACCAGCAUCCUGGCUGACUUGGAAAGCAGCUCCCCAUACAAGUCACGGACUCAACAGGGCUCUGGGUUCCCCACCGGCUCCCCAGUUACUUCUCCCCCGGGAUCUACCCCGGUUACUGGGCACAAGCGGAUGAUCAUUCCCAACCAGCCGCCUCUCACUGCCACCAAGAAGUCUACUGCCAAGGCACCAGUGCAACCUGCUGCUCCACCCGCCCCAAUCCCAGUUACUCCUGUGGGUACACUAAAACCGCAGCCACAACCAGUUCCAGCUUCUUAUACCACUGCGUCCACUCCCACCCGACCAGCAUUCAACGUACAGGUGAAAACGGCCCAGCCCAGCCCUCACUUCCAGCCUCCUGGUCCACAGCCAGUUCAGUACAGCAGCCUGGGUCCAAACCAGUCCUACGCUCCAGUCUACCAGUCUCAGCCAGCACGUCCCCCGGGGCCAGCACAGUAUGUUCCAUCUCAGCCUCGUGGCCCUGACUAUGGGUAUGCUCCCCAGCCUGUACGUCCUUCAGAGCCUGGUUAUGGCUAUGCACCUUCACAGGGGCGGUAUCAAGAUCUUUACUACCCCGCAGGCCCUGGAUAUGGAGGAAGAAAUGGCUCGGAACCAUCCUAUGUGCCACAAAACACCUGGAAGCCCGAGCCAGCCUAUCCCACAGCUAACACCAUGACCCAAAAUCCAGUUGGGCCGUACCAACCGCCCAGCACAAAGAAGACCUACAUUAUGGAUCCAGGGUUAGCACCUCCUCCACCACCCAUGCAGCCAAAGAGUGGGUACCCUGCCUCUGGCUCGGCGUCAGACGCUCCUUUGUUCAGACCCGAGGAUGAGCUGGAACAUCUGACCAAGAAGAUGCUAUACGACAUGGAGAAUCCGCCCUCUGAUGACUACUUCGGCCGCUGUUCCCGUUGCGGUGAGAAUGUUGUUGGGGAAGGCACUGGAUGCACCGCCAUGGACCAAGUGUUCCACGUGGAAUGUUUUACCUGCAUGACAUGUGGCAACAAGCUCAGAGGCCAGCCUUUCUAUGCGGUGGAGAAGAAAGCGUAUUGUGAACCCUGCUACAUUAACACACUGGAGCAGUGCAGCGUCUGUGCCAAACCCAUCAUGGAGAGGAUCCUGCGAGCCACGGGGAAAGCCUAUCACCCCCACUGCUUCACCUGUGUGAUGUGUCACCGCAGCCUGGAUGGCAUCCCCUUCACUGUGGAUGCCGGUGGGAACAUUCACUGCAUCGAGGAUUUCCACAAGAAAUUUGCACCACGAUGUUCCGUGUGUAAGGAGCCCAUUAUGCCUGCCCCGGGUCAAGAGGAGACCAUACGCAUUGUGGCAUUAGAUCGUGACUUCCAUGUCCAAUGCUACCGGUGUGAGGAUUGUGGUGGCCUCCUGUCUGAAGGGGACAAUCAGGGCUGUUACCCUCUGGAUGGACACAUCCUUUGCAAGACCUGCAACUCGGCUCGGAUCCAGGCACUGACUGCUAAGGCCAGCACUGACCUUUGAGCAUCUACCACCACACUCCAAUAUUUGCCUGUUGGGGGAAUUGCACAACCUUUCCAUUUAGCAUGACUCCUUUCCCACCUAGGACUUAAGUUUUUUAUUGAAAAAGUAAAGCUGGAAAGCCUUGGAACAAGCGGACAGUUUCUAAGUUUUUCUCUAUUUGAGUCACAUCUCCUAAGAAGCACAUUAAAAUUGAGAUGAUGAGGCUCAAUUAUCUUACUCUAGUGUGAGGGUCUGAUCCUAUUCCCAUUGACGUCAAUGGGAAGCUAAAUAUCGGACAUGAUUCCAUAAUACUAGACUUACACCAGUGAAAAACCAGCAUGCAAGUGUAAGACCAGAAUCAGAGUAAUUGUUAUCACAAGACAAACUAUACAAACAUUGGCCAUGAGACAUUGGGCCUUUAUAUAGGUACCGUUUUAAAACAUAGGGACACAGAUUUGUCUUAAAUCAUAGGGCCAUAUCUUUUUCUUAUGCCCUCGCUUGUCUCCAUUCCCUUCCAGUUUCAUAACUUUUUCUUCUUUAUAAUAUUAUAUUUUUGCUGUUGCAUAAAUUUAUUCAGUAAGGAUGCUUCCGACUCUCAGAUGCUUAGGCAUUUAUGUAUGAGCCAUCACUGAAAGUUGUGAGCCUGCACAUACAUACGCACACGCACAUACAUACAUAUAUCCUUUUGAUACACUAGAGAUAUAAAGUCACUGAGAAGUUAUGUUAAUUAUUGUUGGGGCUGGAAAGGGUUAAAAAGAAAUUCAAAAUGGCUUCAAAGAAAAUGAUUAAUGCUAGCCACCACAAGCAUGCUCAAAAGGAUCUUGGGCUACCCGGGGCCAAUGCAGUUACGUAGCAAACAGUGAGUACUGCUUGUUUCCCAACAAGUACUUUAGCAAUGGAAUCUUACUUCCACUGAUAUCAAAGGAAAGUCUCCCAUUGGAUUGAAUUCUAUCUUGAGACAGGCUCAGGCAUUCUGGGAUGAUGGUAACAUACCAGAGCUGGAGUUACAGUACAAGUUAUGAGAAUUGUUUAAUAUUUCAGCAUUUAGGGCUUUCCAAAUUCCUGACAUUUCAGGAACAGGAAUGAUUCAUUUUUCAUCUCAAGUUGUAAAUAGCUGUAAUUUACCCCCCCCCCCCAAAAGGGGGGGGGCGGAAACAGACAUCUUUUCUCCUACAGUUUCAUCACACGGUUUUUUCUGUGUGGAGAAAUGUCAUUGCAAAGGAAUGAUUGGGAGAUGU